AUGGCGUUGCGGAAUCCCCUUUUUUAUGGUAGGCGGGCAUGGAGUGGUGCAGCUACGAGUGUGCGGCCGGUUGCUUCAAAUUUGCUUCCCUAUAACCAAACGCGGAGGUCUGGGUUGGCUACGGCUGUGCCACCGGUGACCCAAGAUGCGACGGGCUCGAAAGGGCCGACAGCCAUGGUUUUUAUGAAUAUGGGUGGCCCGUCAACGACAUCCGAGGUGGAAGACUUUCUUAGCAGAUUAUUUGCCGAUGCCGAUUUAAUACCUCUAGGCCGACUACAGUCGUAUCUCGGCCCCCUGAUUGCGAAGAGACGAACGCCCAAGAUCCAGAAGCAAUACGCAGAGAUUGGCGGCGGCUCACCGAUUCGCAAGUGGUCCGAAUAUCAAUGCGAGGAGAUGUGCAAGAUCCUGGACAAGAUAUCCCCCGAGACCGCUCCGCAUAAGCCCUACGUCGCAUUCCGAUACGCCGCGCCGCUGACAGAAACGAUGUACGAGCAGCUGCUCAAGGAUGGCUUUGGACGCGGGCGAGGCGGCCGCGCCGUGGCAUUUACCCAGUACCCGCAGUACUCAUGCUCGACCACUGGUAGCUCACUGAACGAGCUCUGGAAAUGGAGGAAUCGACUUGAAGGGAAGCGUGCGAACGGCGGCCAGGAGCCCGUGGGCGCCAUUGAAUGGAGUGUGAUCGAUCGGUGGCAGACUCACCCGGGACUCGUGGAGGCUUUCGCCCAGAACAUCGAGGCCCAGCUCGCCACCUACCCCGAGGAUAAGAGGGACGGCGUCGUUCUUUUGUUCUCGGCUCACAGCUUGCCCAUGAGCGUCGCAGCAACAGUCCACGCGGUGAUGCAACGACUCAAGUUCCGCAACCCGUACCGGCUGUGCUGGCAGUCCCAGGUCGGGCCAUCGGCCUGGCUGGGCGCUCAGACCAGCGACACCGUCCAGGAGUACGUGAACCGUGGCCAGACGGACCUGAUCCUGGUGCCCAUCGCCUUCACCAGCGACCAUAUCGAGACUCUGUACGAGCUCGACCUUGAGGUGAUCCAUGAGGCGAACCACCCGGGGGUCAAGCGCGCCGAGAGCCUGAACGGGAGCCCCGUUUUCAUACAGGCACUGGCCGACAUCGCGCAUGAGCACCUGCGCUGCGGAGAGAAGUGUUCCCUGCAGAUGACGCUCCGCUGCCAGGGCUGCAAGAGCGAGAGGUGCCUGGAGCAGAAAAAGUUCUUUGCUGGCGAGCAGGCCGCGAUGGUUGUCUAA